AAUGCCUUGGCGCCAUCUCAUUCUGAUAUUCAUGUAAACAACAUGGCAGCCUUGAUGAAAUGGAAGCGCGUAUCCGAUCCUUCUGGGCCGGGACCGCGACCAAGACAUGGUCACAGAGCAGUAGCCAUUCGUGAUCUUAUUGUAAUAUUUGGUGGUGGAAAUGAAGGAAUAGUUGAGGAACUUCAUGUCUACAACACUUCUACCAAUCAGUGGUUUUCCCCUGCUGUCCAAGGUGAUAUUCCGCCAGGAUGCGCUGCGUUCGGAUUUAUUUGUGAUGGAACAAGACUCCUUAUAUUUGGAGGAAUGGUGGAGUACGGACGGUAUUCCAAUGAGUUAUAUGAGCUACAAGCCAGUAGAUGGGAAUGGAAGCAUUUAUAUCCAAGCCCUCCGCUCAAUGGUCCUUCUCCUUGUCCAAGAUUGGGACACAGUCUCACAUUGGUUGGAAGAAAAGCAUUUCUUUUUGGAGGCUUAGCCAACGACAGUGAUGACCCAAGACAUAAUAUUCCAAGGUACUUAAACGACCUCUACAUUCUUGAUCUGAGCUCUCAGAACCUACAGUGGUCACUUCCCCGCACUUACGGUCAUCCGCCAACCGCAAGGGAAUCGCACACAGCCGUUGUAUUUAACAAUGGAGACAGAGCACCAAAACUCAUCGUUUAUGGUGGGAUGAGUGGGUGCAGAUUGGGAGACAUUUAUGUUCUUGAUUGCAAUAAUCUUAUUUGGACAAAGCCAAUAGCAACUGGAGUGGCUCCGUUACCAAGGAGUUUGCACACAUCAGUCAUAGUUGGCAAAAAAAUGUUUGUGUUUGGUGGAUGGGUUCCACUUGUCGUUGAGGAAGCAAAGGGUGGCCACGAGAAAGAAUGGAAAUGUACCAAUUCGCUAGCUUCCUUGGAUAUAGACAAGAUGAAGUGGGAAAUAAUCAAUACUGAUACCCUUGACGAUUUUAUUCCAAAACCAAGAGCUGGUCACUGUGGCGUGUCGGUCAAUUCCAGAAUGUACGUAUGGAGUGGGAGAGAUGGCUACAGGAAGGCAUGGAACAACCAGGUAGUUUGCUGUAAGGAUUUGUGGUUUCUCGAAACAGAUAAGCCACCUGCUCCUGCAAGAGUACAGCUUGUACGGGCGACCACAAGCACUUUGGAGGUUUGCUGGGGAAACCUCCCGACAGCGGAAGCAUAUAUUAUCCAAAUCCAAAAACACGAUGUGGCAGCAGCGAAUAGCACCACCCCUACUCAUAACAUGUCAGCAAAGGGGACUGUACCAACUACUGCGACUGCUACAAAAGCUCAGCCAGCAGCCACGGUCAAAAAAGUCAACAAUACCCCAGCAGCAACACAAAGUCACACACUGUCUCAACCGGCACAAAGCAGUGUAGGAUCCAGUCAAGUGAAGCCAGCUGUGUCAAAUGCCACGGUAAAAUCCUCUGUGACAGUGCUGCCACAAAAGGCAGCUGUUGCAGCCGUUCCUGGCAAAUCAGUUCAAGUCCAAGGUGGGAUUCAGACGGCGCUAUCUAGCAUGGGACAAACAAUUGCCGGGGGACGAGUAAUUCAAGUUACAACUCCAGCACAACUGAAAACAGUCUUACCUGGGCAACUGAGAGGAACGCAGGCUGCUAUUAUUCGACCGCCAACCCCAGGGGUUACAGUAACUGGUCCUAGGCCUGCUGUUGCCGGCCAAUCAUUAGUUUCUUUGCAACGUCCCACCACUUCCCUUCAAGGAGCCGUCAAAGUGAAUUCUCCUGCCACUGGGAAAGCCCCUGCCACAACAGCUGCAGCACCAGGUGGGACACCUACACAGUAUGCAUUGGUCCAGGCACAAAUCCCUGGAACUGGUGGUGGGCCUCCAAAGACAGUGACUUUUAUCCGGGCAAUAAGCCCUGGUGGACAAGCAGCAACAGGCAGUGCCACUGUCACAGUUACACCACAGCAGAUGGCUGCGUUGUUAAGGGGUCAGACAACAGCUUUGAAAGGUGCAGCUCCUGCUCAGGUUAGAGGAGCUACACCAGCUACAUUAGGAAGCACGACAGCAGGAAUGUCAACCAUAAGACCUACUGUGACAGGCACAACUCCUGCUGUAGUUGCAAACACUGCAAAGAGCCCUGUUAACAAGCAAAUAAUACAGAUAGCUGCUGCACAACUCGCCAACAAGCAAACAGGUCAGGCUGGUAUUCCAGCUUUAGCUACUUCCCCUGGAUCAGUUGUUGCGAAACUCGGCAUAACUGGUGUGCCAGUUUCUCCUUUAUCGACAACAGCUGUAGGCACAGUUCGACAGGGAGUGGCAUCCCCUCAGGCUGUCGUAACUAACUUGCAAUCAAAACCAAUCCCAGCGGUACAGAUCGUCAAAACCAAUACAGCAGCAAAGGGUGAACCAAAUCCUCAACCAACGAAUUCUCCUGCUGUAGGGAAAAAGCCUAGCAUUGAAGCGAAGAGUGACCAACCCAACGUUCCUGCACCAACGGUGGUUUCGUCUGACGCAACAAAAUCAGCUUCGACUAAUAACGUAAACACUAAAUCGACAAAAGAAACUGCAUCAGAAACACAAAUAACCCAACCACUUGAGCAAAAGACAACAGCACCGGAACCCUCUACUGAGAAUAAGAUUUCCGAGACAGGAUCUUCAGAUGUAGUUUCAACAACUACUGGUAAUGUUGCUGGAGAAUCUGACAACGAGACAUCAGAAGCCAAGGCAGCCGAAACAAUCAAAAGUGAGCCACCAGUGGCCACGCUAGCUGAGAAUAAACCAGCGGAUUCAAAGGAGAUGCAGUCUUCUGAUGCAGCAGGAGCAGGCAAGCUUGAAGACAGCAAGGUAACAGAAGGCACUCGAUUAGGAAACGCAUCAGGGGCCGAAUUGACGGAAAAGAAAGAAAGCGUUAAAACUGCAAGUGAAGGAGUGCUAGAAAAAGAUUCCCAAGUAGCAACCACAGAAGAUGUUACGGAAGUUAAACCUGGUGCAGGAGAAUCCACUUCGAAGGAGGAGGAUCCAGUUGAAAGCAUGGAUGUCGUUUCAGAUGAAAAGAAAAGUGAGUCAAAGAUGGAGGUUGAUGUUGCUGAUAUGGAAAUGAAAUCUCAAGAAACGAAAAAUGAAGCUGUCAAGCAAGAAGAUGUUGUACAAACACCUCAAGUGUCCGUUCCCAAUGCACAAGAAACUCUUACGUCGCCGGUUGUUCGGGAUACCAACAGCCUUACCGCUGCGAUCACCGCGUCUUACACUUCAUCUGUGGAUAGCAGUAGCAGCAUGUUAACGAGCGCAAUGACGAAUAUACAGACAAGCGCGUUGUCAACUCUAGCUGCCCUUGCAACGUCAAGUGAGCUGACAACGUCGUCCAUUGCGGUGAAGCAAGCCCCUGCAAAUGUAAAUGGAAAUGUUAAAGCGCCUAUGAAUCCAGUGAACACAGACCAAUCCGCAAGCAAAACAAAGGUCAGAAGAACCUCGAUUUCAGGACAGAGUAAGAAAGGUCAAUCGCCAUGGUACGAUGUAGCUAUGACGACCAACACCUCCAUCGUCGUGUCCCAUUUUUAUAUGCCAAAUGACAGCGGAGAAGACGAUGUGAACAUAGAAAGUGACGGCGAAUUCAAAGGAAUGAAAAAGGUCUGCCUUGAAUCUGGCACUGCGUAUAAAUUCAGAGUCGCGGGAAUUAAUGUCUGUGGCCGGGGGCCCUACAGUGAUGUUGCUGCUUUUAAAACGUGCUUGCCAGGAUUUCCUGGAGCUCCUUCGUCGAUAAAGAUUACAAAGAACAACGAUGGUGCCCAGUUAUCUUGGGAGCCGCCAACUAACAGUGCAGGAACCAUAGUUGAAUAUGCUGUUUAUUUGGCUGUGAGUAGCAAGACAAACCAGGGCAAAGAGCAACCAGCACAACUAACCUUCGUACGGGUUUACUGCGGGGCUAGCUCCUCCUGCACAGUGAACAAUGACGUUCUUACCAGUGCCCAUAUCGACUUCACCACGAAGCCAGCCAUCAUUUUCAGGAUAGCCGCACGAAAUGAGAAAGGAUAUGGACCUGCUACUCAGGUCAGGUGGCUGCAAGAUCUGAAAGAUGUGCCCAAAGAUAAGGUUCCGGUGAAACGCGGUGCAUCUGAUAUGAAAAUGAGUGAAAAUUCAAAAAAGAUAAAGACUGCUGUGUAAAGGGUCGUAGUCGGGUCGGCAAAGCUGGGUAUUUUUACUUCAUAAAUAGAUUUAAAGCCUUUACAUAGUGUACAUAAGUAGAAAGUUGUUACUGUGCGUAUCGUAGCUUAAGAUAUUCUACGUCUGUAACUAUUGUUUUUGAGAUUGUCAGACAACGUUUUUAAUUCAUACAAUUGUGCACGAAAUUAGAUUAUACCGCGAACUGCCCAGCAAUAAUAUAUCGAACGCCGAUGCGCCUUCGCAUUGCAGGCAACAGAUCUCUGUGGCUAUCUCCAAGAAGAUUACACGGAAACGAGGACAGAAUCAGUGUGGGAAAUCCUUUGAUGAACAAUCCACUUUGAUCCUCAAAUCUCAGUAUUGUUUGCUACUUGUAAUUAAACUUCCGUUCUUUUUCUGUUUCUUCAUUGGAAUAAGAGGAGUUCCCUACACCAAUUGUCUACCUGAAGGCAUUGCUAGGCCCACAAAUAUGAACGCAGUAUAGACAUGAGACAAGGGACAAUCUUUGGACCGCGAUCGUCCCCCUUGCGUUCCUGUAGUAAGGUGACAGUAUAAUCCCAGGGUUAUUUUUGUAUUGUUAUGAGAUAUUGUAAUCGAACUUCAAGUUAAUAUUAAAUUGAAUAUAACUUCUGGGACUCUGACUUCUAAAUUUCGCGCAUUUAAACAUUAUUAAUGAGAAACUUUGAAUGAAAUAAUGUUGAUAGCCAGUCACACGAUUUAGCCUUUUUUAUAAACCUGUCCCUAUUUAAUAUCUCUUCAUUGGUGAAUACAAUCCCUGUAUAUUGUUGAACCUAGAUAAUUAACAUUACGUAAUUCUGUUCUUGGCGUUUUCCAAGUUGUGUGACACUGAAAUGCCGUAUUCAUAGUCGACUUUACUGCCUAAGUAUUUGACUACCUUGAUGAAGAACCCAGCUACAAAGCUCGCACUUUCUGCAGGCUUGAGUAGUAUGCCAAGUAAGUUGAUGCGUCUGACGGGCUGGCUAAUUGUGCAUGAUUACUUCAUAUUUAGUAAUUGCCAAGGCUGUGGUAGACUUAUCAAGAUAUUUAUCCCUUUAUUUUUAUCUCGUCAUCAAGGUAUCGCAAAUUGGUACACGUGUUGGGUGAUAUGUUAACUAUUAGUAUGUUUUGGUAGUCAGAGUAUGUUUUCCUCCCGAAAAAUGUUGAAAUAUUUUAUUUUUUCAAAGCCGUCGUCAUUUCACACGUGGUUUCACAAUCAGUUAUGUGUUUUAGCAUAUAUAAUGUUUACUCUGUUGACAAUUAUAUCAUUCAAUACGUAGAUAAUUAGGGAAUACAACUGCAUAA